GCAAAGAUGAUCUCCUUCAAGCAACUGCCCUUUGAAGCGAAGGCUGCAGUGGCUGCAGGUGUGGUUUUCUUCUCCACGAUGCUAUCGCGGAGCUACCUAGCAGAACAACUGGAGCUCAAGACACGCCGUCGGCUUGUGAGGUUGCAGAUGCUACUGUUCGUCAACAUGCUCAUGUUGAUAGGAUCUCGUCAUGUAUGGAGAAGCACAGUCACCAUGUUCUCCAGGUCUUCAGCUGCUACCUCCUUAUGUUUCAUGACAUGGAAAAUAGCUGUGUUGAUGUUUCUAGCUUUGGCACAUUCGAGCUUCUUUACGGUGCUGUUUCUUGUUGCAGAAGAGCCCUAUUUCUUUUCUUUAGCUGCCUACACCUGCCUAGGGGCCUAUAUUCUUCUUAUCUUCUUUCUCUUCACUCUAGGCUCUGUAGAGCAGGCUUUUAAGUUCUUGGCUGGGAGAAGUGCUAAGGCAGGCAGUGGCAAUAAGAAUAGCAGAACAGCAAUGAAGCCAAUUUUGUCAGUCAUGCUCACUGUUGUGCUGACCAUUGUUGGGCUGUUAAAUGCUUCCCAGCCUCCAGCUGUGAAUUCAGUGGAGAUUCCAGUUCACAAGCUGCCAUCAACAAUGAAUAACCUGAAAGUGGUGUUGCUCUCGGACAUCCACCUGGGGCCCACGGUCGGGAAGACCAAGCUUGCCAUGAUUGUGAGAAUGGUUAAGGCCUUGAAACCAGAUAUCACGGUGAUUGUGGGGGACCUGACGGACUCCGAGGCGCAAAUCAUGCGACCUGCUGUUGAACCUCUUGGAGAACUUAAUUCUCCUUUAGGGACUUACUUUGUCACAGGAAACCAUGAAUAUUACACAUCAGAUGUCAGCAACUGGUUUGAACUGUUGAAAUCAUUCAACAUUAGGCCCCUCCACAAUGAGAAUGUGAAGAUUGUUUCACCCAAGAGCACCGACGACUGGUUCUGCCUGGCUGGUGUUGAUGAUAUUGAGGCACACACGUUACGCUACUCGGGCCAUGGCAUGGAUUUAAAGAAAGCUCUCCGUGACUGUGGCAGUGAGCGUGCCAUAGUACUGUUAGCUCAUCAGCCAGUUGCUGCAAAGUGGGCCCUUCAGGAGAGGCCAGACAUAAAUUUAAUCCUCUCUGGCCAUACUCAUGGAGGGCAGAUGUUCCCGCUAAAUGCUGGGGCUUAUUUUCUGAACCCCUUCUUUGUUGGCUUGUACAAAGUUGGGCAGAACACCUUUGUCUAUGUCAGCCCAGGGACGAUGUACUUUGGAAUACCCAUGAGGCUGGGCAGCAGAGCUGAAAUAACAGAAAUAAUUCUGCGUUCUCCUUGAGGAGUCUCCCAGCUGACAGACUUCUGCCAUCUUUGUUGGUCAGUAUUUUGGCUCUUUUGCUCUGGAAGCAAAUCCUUUUUCAGGGAAGUCACGGAAGAUGUGUUAGGAUGGCUCAAGCAGC